AUGAAGGACUACCUGAGUCCCAUCAUCUGUCUAUUUGCUAUUAACUAUCUCUCCACACCACUGUACGGGCUCCGCCAAGAAACUCUCAACUAUAUAGCUCGGUACAUGGAUGUGAGGUACGACGUCAUCGACAAUCUCCGCGAUGCUCUGAAGACGUUUGAAGCCCAAAUAACAAUGACCAAUACAGGGUCCAAGACGAUUCCUGGUAAGGGCUGGUCCAUAUAUUUUUGUCACCUGAACCUUCUGGAACCAGAGUUCCUUCCUUCAGUAGAAGGUGCUGUUCUUGAGAACUACGGCAUCAGGUUCCGCCAUACGCAAGGCUGUCUGUUUAUGCUGGAACUGUUGGACAAUUUCCAGGCAAUUCCUCCAGGAGCAACAAGAAGUGUCAAGUUUCUAUCUGAAAAUUUCUCCGUGUCCAAAUCUGAUGGACUUCCGAACUGGUACGUUGCAUCUGAAGGACUAGAGUCAAGAGUCAUCCUUAGCACUGCGGGAGAAUCUUUUGACUUUGUGGGAGAUUUUGACGCCCCUAAUAAAUGGAAAAGGUAUGAUUUUAUAACCGAAGAAGGUGAAGGCCAUGACAGAUACGACCCAUUCACCCCCAGAGUCAGAUAUUCCAUGAAUAAAGACACAAAAGACCUUGGAUCUGCCAACAAUCAUCUAAUUCCCACUCCAGCUAAGAUGUCAGUUAAUGGAAAAGAUAAGAUCUCUUUACAAACAAAAGACUGGAGGAUAUUUGAUGCUGGAAACUUCAGCUAUGAAGCAACAUAUCUUGCAGAACGCCUGGGCAUCAACGUCAUAGCCACGGAGCCAAGCAGCGGAUACAUUAAACUGACCAAGGGUCUGGUGGAGGUCAACCUUCCCGGAAGACAAACAAACAGUCCGGAAGCUUACUCCCUAUCGGUUGACCCAGACAAUGCGGUGAUAGAAAUCAGGGCCAGCGCUCCCGCGGGAAUCUUCUAUGGGAUACAGACGUUGCUGAAGCUGCUGGACGACGACCUGAACGUCCCCCCACGUGACCGUCAUGGACUCUCCUCGGCUCAGGUCCCACCCCCCAUAGCCCCGGGCACAGGGUUCUAUACCACCAAGGACUACCAAGAGAUCGUCCGGUACGCCCGUGACCAUCACAUCGAGGUCAUCCCGGAAGUGGACAUGCCAGGCCACGGCCACGCCGUCAUCAAGGCCAUGGAAGCGAGACGGAAACGCUUCCUGGCCCAGAACAACGCGACUGCAGCCAACGAGUAUGUCCUUGUUGAAGCCAAUGACCCAUCAGUGUACAAGUCCAUCCAGAUGUACACUGACAAUGCCGUGAAUCCAUGUCUCCCAUCAACCUACAGGUUCAUACACAAGAUCGUUAAAACACUGCAUGAUUUACACAAAGACAUUUCACCUUUAAAAAUAUUUCACUUUGGUGGCGAUGAAGUUGCUAAAGGCGCAUGGGAGAAUUCCACGGCUUGUGAGCAAGUGUUUGGCAAUGGGUUCGAUAUCGCCGAUACGAAGAUCCUCAAACAACUAUUCCUCCGCCAAGUGGCUAAUCUCACUUCUCAGUUUGGGCUGGAUUUAGCGGCCUGGGAGGAUGGUAUGAUGGAAUCAGGGAGCACUCCCUACCAGAGAGGGGGGCUGCAGAAUAAAAACAUUUACGGAUACGCCUGGGACAACAUCUGGGAGUGGGGAGCCGCGGCCAGGGCGUACAAACUCGCCAACGCUGGAUACAAGGUAAGUAGGACUAAGAGUCUGUCAAUACAGACCUUGUCAGAAGUUAUCCAUGUAUCAAACGGCUCUAUCUCUAUCUCCUGCACAGACAAGGAGUUGCCUCAAAAGUUUUUGCAGAUGUCAACAGCGUUCUUCUUAUGA